ACUUCAAAAUAUUUAAUCAAAAAAUUUUCAUUCAUUUCUAAAUUUUACGCCUUUUAGCUGUAUCUAAAUUUCAAGUGAACUUAUUUUCCUUAAAAAGUUAAAAAAAAUUUACAAAAACACGUCUCAAAAUGUGCGACCCUUGCUGCUCUCCCUGCGGACCGUGUCCCUCGCCUUGCGGCCCAUGCGGCCCGUGUGGCCCGUGUGGACCUUGCGGACCCUGUAGUCCCUGCGAUCCAUGCUGUGCACCGUUUGAGUGCUCGCCAAAAUGUUACACAGGCGCCCACUUGGACGCUUUGCCACAGUGUGCGCCACGUAUACCACCGCCCUGUCCGAAAUGCAUGACAGUGCAACAACCGCCGAGGCUCAUCUGUCGCAAACGUGUCGUUUUCAAUGAGAAGAUCGUGCCGGAACCGAUGGUUGUUAACCGUUGCAGACAGAUAACCAUACCGAAAGUUGUGGAUACUACGCGUGUCAUAAAAGUACCCAAAUUAACUUGGGUUUCGCAGAUGGUGCGAGAGCCGAGGGUCAUCUACUACCCUUCGAUGGUGCCAGAUCCCUAUGUGGUUUGCUAUCCAAAACGUAUUUGCGAGCCGCGUGAAGUGUGCCAAGCGAUAUUGUGCCAACCGAAGCCACAAACAAUUGAUAUACCGCCACCGCGUGAAUAUUGCUGUUAUCCAACCGGACCGAUAAACUAUAAGCCGAGCGUAGCCUGUCCACCAUGCCCCAUUGGACCAUGUUCACCGUGCGGACCGUGCGGUCCAUUGCCAUGCUUUUCAACAAAUCAGUAUCCUAUAUGUGAACCCAGCGGAUGUUUCCCGUGCAAGCCGUCGGGCCCUUGCGGCCCUUGUGGACCUUGCUCGCCGUGUCGCGGACCUUGCGGACCUUGUGGCCCUUGCGGACCAUGUGGACCUUGUGGACCAUGUGGACCUUGCGGACCAUCGUGCGGACCUUGCGGCCCCUGUUCUAUACCAAAUUGUGGACCUUGUGGUUUGACGAUGCCUUCAGGACCAUAUGUACCACCACCGUGUGAUCCGUGUGGCACUGGUUGUGGACCGUGUGGAAGUGGUUGUGGCCCAUGGGGACGUCGUUGUGGUCCUUGUGGUCCACGUGGUCCUUGCGGACCGUGUGGACCGUGCUGUUCAUGCAUGCCCGGAUGCCCCUAUGAAGCGCCUGAGUGUGGCACCUGUUAUCCAUGUGCGCCAACACCGUGGAAUACUCAAUGUGGACCGUGCGGGCCGUGCGGUCCACAAGUACCAUGUGCGCCAUGUGGACCAUCUCCACCCUGCAAUCCUUGUGGCCCGUCAUGUUAAAUAUACGUACAUAUAUAUAUUGCUAGUCUCGACUGCGAGUAAUUUAAUUUUUAAAAAUUAUCGGCAGAGACAUGUUUUUGUAAUUGAAGUGAAAUUAUGCGAAACCAUUAAUCAAUUAGCCCAACUAUUAGUGACGACUCGCCAUUAUCAAGGACCAACACCUGAUCGUCCACGCGGUAUACUGUGCGGGAUUCAUUGUACCUGUGUGUGUGUCAAGCGGAACGGAUUGCAAGACUUAUGCA